AUGGCAGUAUUCGUUAAAUCCAUGAGACACUGGCGAGACCUCAUGUCUUCCUGUGAUCUUUUAGUCGUCGGAUUCUUCGACAACUACUCCCGAAAAAGUGUCAAUACGCAGAAAAUCUUUGAGGAUUUCGCAUCCUCCUACAGCUCCGACGCCAUCAAAUUCGCCGCUGUCAAACGCAACGACGUAUCGGCCUCAUGCGACGUCUACAACAGGCCCAAAGUCCAAUUCUAUCAAAUCGGCUUCCUGGUAGGGGAGUUGGAAAUGUCUCACGCAGACGAGCGUGAGUUAAAAGCCCAAAUCCAACAAUUCGCUCAGGACUACGGAACAGAACUGCUAGGUCCUCAACCAACGUCGUCACAGGAACCAGCACCACCAGUGGUAGGAUCCUUCAUACACGCGCCAGCUCAAGGUCCAGUUCGCCUACCCGAUCCUGUACACUGCUGUCCUUUCCACACCCUACAUCGUAUUGACGGAAGUUUUCCAGCUGGCGAGGCCAGAAACACUUCAGAAGCAAUCGUCGACGCCUUCCUCAACUGGUGCGGUGACAACUCCAGUAAUUUCGGAUACUGCAAAGUCCCACGGGACAGCCCUCGACCGGUUGUAAACCGGACAAAGUAUCUGCUAGACGUGUUCUCGAGCAGCACUGGUCGAUCGAGGCAUUUCUUUGCGGGGUACAACUUUACGAAGGUGAAUGUUUGGGUUGAGCUUGAGUUGGAUGGUAUGCCGUCGAGGUUUGCGAAGCAACAGCCGGAGGUGUUUAUGGCGAUGGGCUGCUCACGACAUAAUGCGGAGUAUACGUGUACUUUGUGGAGUGAUCCGGAGUUUCAACGUGAUGCUGUGAAGAGCCCUGGACUGGUCGUACAUCCAUUCUAA